GUGACCAUGGCGUGUGCUAUGACUGUCUGACGCAGGGUACAGGAAAAAUAUUGAAAUAAUUGCGCUGCGUUCUGCAUUCACACUGCUAGACCCGGAUAUUUUGAAAACUGAAAAUGGGGUCUCGGAUAAAGGACAAUCCUGAGACCACCUUUGAAGUAUAUGUGGAAGUGAUACAUCCAGGGUCUGCAGGAACAGAUCCUGAGGUGCGAAGGCAAUUCCCCGAAGACUACAUCGACCAGGAAACUCUUCAGACUUUGACCAAGUUUUGUUUCCCCUUCUAUGUGGACAGCCUGACGGUCAGCCAAGUCGGCCAGAACUUCACAUUUGUGCUCACUGACAUUGACGGCAAGCAGAGGUUUGGCUUCUGCCGCUUAUCAUCGGGGGCCAGGAGCUGCUUCUGUGUUCUGAGCUAUCUUCCCUGGUUUGAAGUGUUCUACAAGCUCUUGAAUAUCUUGGCUGAUUACACGGCGAAGGGGCAGGAUAAUCACUGGAAGGAGCUUCUGGAGACACUUCAUUCACUUCCUGUCCCAGAGCCUGGAGUGCCUGUUCACCUCAGUGUGCAUUCCUACUUUACUGUGCCUGAUAUUAGAGAACUCCCCAGUAUCCCAGAAAAUAGAAACUUAACUGAAUAUUUUGUAGCAGUAGAUGUCAAUAACAUGCUUCACCUGUAUGCUAGUAUGCUUUAUGAACGCCGAAUCAUCAUCUGCUGUAGCAAACUAAGCACUUUAACUGCCUGCGUCCAUGGGUCAGCAGCAAUGUUAUACCCUAUGUACUGGCAACAUGUUUACAUUCCCGUUCUGCCUCAACACUUGAUAGACUACUGCGGUGCCCCUAUGCCCUACCUCAUCGGAGUGCAUUCUAGUUUAAUGGAGAAAGUGAAAUGCAUGGCUCUGGAAGAAGUGGUGAUCCUCAAUGUGGACACCAACACACUAGAAACACCGUUUGAUGAUCUUCAAAGUCUUCCUAAUGAUGUGGUUUCUGCCCUGAAGAACAGGCUCAAGAAAGUAUCCACAACCACAGGGGAUGGCGUGGCGCGUGCAUUUCUGAAAGCACAGGCAGCACUCUUUGGGAGCUACAGAAACGCUCUGAAAAUUGAACUGGAAGAACCAAUAACAUUCGAUGAGGAUGCUUUUGUGUCUCACCGUUCGAGUGCCAUGAGGCAGUUUCUUCAGAACGCCAUUCAGCUCCAGCUGUUCAAACAGUUCAUUGAUGGACGGCUAGAGCUGCUUAAUUCUGGAAAGGGAUUCAGUGACAUCUUUGAAGAGGAGAUUAAUAUGGGAGAAUAUGCUGGCAGUGAUAAAACAUACCACCAAUGGCUUUCAACGGUAAAGAAAGGCAGCGGAGCCAUAAUAAACACAGUGAAAACUAAGGCAAACCCAGCAAUGAAAACCGUUUACAAGUUCGCAAAGGACCAUGCGAGAAUGGGAAUAAAGGAGGUGAAAAAUCGAUUGAAGCAAAAGGACAUCGCUGAGAAUGGCUACUCGGUGGCGGCAGAAGAGUCACAGCAGAGGGGCGUGGCUUCCCCGCUGACAGACAGGAAGGAAGUGAAGCAACGCGAUGAGCGCCGGCCAAUCACAGUGCACUUUGGGCAGGCUCGUCCACCUCGGCCGCUGGUGGCGAAGAGGCCCAGGAGCAACGUGGCAGUCGAAGGCCGAAGAACGUCAGUGUCCAGUCCAGAACAGCCCCAGCCUUAUAAGACGCUGAAAGAUUCAGAUAUCGCAGAGGGAGAAGAGGCCCAAGAGUCUCAGAGAGUCCUGGGACACACGGCGCCGCCCAGCCCCGUGGCCUCAGACAAGAUCACAGAGAUCAACCUCCUGGACGACAUCUUCAACACUCUGGACAUCGACUCGGACAGCCAGCCCCUGAGCCAAGCCAAGAGCCUGGAGGACCUCAGGACGCCCAAAGAGGAAGAGGGGCAGCAGGUGAAGUUCGGCUACCAGCGCAUGGAUCUCAGCGCCGCUGACCGCACCCGGACCCUGCCGGGACUGAAGCACUCCAACCCGUACAACAAGCUGUGGAGCCCGGGCCUGGACGACGCGGCCGUUCCCGCUGGGGGCUCGCUGGGCCCCGAGAGGCCUGCGCCCGCCCCCCCCGCGGAGCCCGCGGACCCGCAGCGGCCCCCCUCCAGGGAGAGCUGCGCGGCCGCCUUCGACAAGACAGAGCCCGCCGCCGCCGGGGGCCAGAGCAGCAUCACCAUCCCGCGCCCGCAGGGACGCAAGACGCCGGAGCUGGGCAAGGGGCUUCCCCCGCCAGUCCCCCAGCCCAGGGGAGGGAAGACCCUUCCUUUGGCCGGAGACGCGGGAAAGGCGGCGCCCGACUUUGCCUUCCAGCAGGAGACCUUGGGCACCAAAGGUGGCGGACAAGAAUUCAGGCAGGCUUUGAAUGCGUCCCCCCUCCCCUCACACCUCGCUGGCCCCGACAUCCUAAAGCCAAUUAAAGUCAGCUCUGAAAGUGGCAGUGAUGACCUAUUAAGCCUGUUAGACCCCUUGAGCGCGGCAGUAGGCUCGCAGAGCAGCACCCAGAUAAACAACCCUCCCAUGGGGGCGGCCUCGGCGCCCACAAUGGCCACCAGCUCCGCUCUUUUUCCCUCUGUAGGGGCUGACUUUAACACUCCGUGCCCGGCAUUCGCUCAGCAGCAGGGGUAUCCCCAUCCUGUAACCCCGAUGGCACAGUUCCCACAGGUUUCUCUCAACCCUUUCACUCAGAACUUGCAUUACACACCGACGGGUCCCCCAGGGACCCACUACGUCGGUCCUGUUAGUAACCCGUUCCGCUCGGCUUACAUACCUCCCGGUACAGGAUAUUUCCAGACUCCCCCUAAGCCCCACUAUGCUGGCUCACCCUUAUCAGCUGUCUUCAGCCAGCCCACCUCUCUGGGGCAAGGGUACAUCCACCAGAGCCAAAGCCCAGGAAAGCCAGCAAGCUUUCCACAGGCUGGUUCCUUAAGCAGCAGCAGCAGCAGCACUGCCACUGCCAACGUCCUUGACUCUAGGCCCGGCAAAGCCCCGCCGGAGAUGCCCCUGGCCGUGCCAAAGUCCCUGCCUGCAGGGGAAGAGCCACCGGAUUACCCAGGCAGACCCCAGGAGGUGCCUCAGGAUCCCUUUGAGGAUUUGUUGACCGUCACAAAGAAGGAAGUGGAGGUCCCCACGCAGAGGAGAGUAGACCACCUUCGAAAAAGAUGGGAAACCUUUGAGUGACCUGGGGGCACGGAGGGGUCACUGUGAUUUGUAGCUGCAUCGACUGAUUUAAUGUGACUUUGGACUCCAGCCGUAUAGUUCUGCACUGGAAGAUUUGUCCUUUUGUUUUCGGUUUUUAACACAGAGGGGUACCGGUUGAACCGUUGUGCUGAGGGGGGAAUUGAGGUGUAGCUGGCACUGAAGUAACGGCACAGUUGCAAACAGACACUUGAGGUUUUCUGACCCGUUUGCUCCUGCUGGCAUCCCAGUCGGCCAGCUGCAUAACGUCCUUCUGCUGUAUUUGUAAGUUGAAGCCAAUUUAUCGUUGGAGGUGUAGAUGGAGUAAAACCGACCCACCCUGCUUCAGUACAUAUUUACAAUACCUUGCCCAUGUUGUGUAAUUUCACAGUAUUCUGCAGAAGUCAGUUGAUUUCUUUGCAGACGUUUUUAUUUUGCUUCUGCUAGAAUUGGUGAUUUAAUCUUAUAAAAGUGACCUAUGUUCUCAAUGGAUGCUGGUCACUUUGCUUCGGCUUCAUGUACAGUGUAAUUGAUACCUCUAAGUAGAGCUCAAUAGCUACAAUGCAAGGCUCACUAGCUAGUUAACUGCCUUCUUUACAACUGUAUUUUGCUUUUGUAGAAUUCAGUCUGCAUUCAAUGAUUUUGCUUGUAGAAGACAUUUUUACUGUAUAAGAGCAUAAAGCAAAAAAGCCUUUGUUAGUUUUCCGUAGAUGCAUUUUAACACAAAGCAUAUUCUCCUGUGAUAGUUUUAGCAAAGAACAAUAGUGAUAUUUAGUAGGGUUUUUGUUUGUUAUGUUAACAGUGUUACAAUUGGUGGAGCAGACUUCCAAUUUGAGUUGGAUUUUUGUGUCUUUCACAGAGAUAUUUAACCAAACGUUGACAAAAGCAAGUGACCUUUCGGGCAGUUAAAUUGAGGGAAAACUGCACCCAUUUCAUUAAUAUUUUCAUUAUGCAAAUGCAGUGUCUAUUUCAAAGCAUAAACACUUAUUCAUCAUUCAGUAUGGUAUUCUAGUAGAAGUGUAUUUAAAAUAUGAAAUUGCUGUUUCAGAAUUUUUUUAUGGAUAUUCCUUACAAUACCAAAAGGAAGAAGAUUCGGUUUAUGUAUAAAUCUUGUUUGUAACAUAAUUUGUAUAAUAUUUAAAUUCACUCAAAGGUAUACACUGUAUUUUGGCCUUAUUAGAGUAGAAUUAAAAAUGACAACUUUAGUGACUUUUUUCAUCAUUAUGUUUGUGUGUUUUAAGACAAUCAACAGUUUGUUGUUGUUAUAUAUAUAUAUUAGAUCAAGGUUAUGUAUUCCAAAUGGUAUACCGAUGUAACGAGAGUGAAGUCCUUUAACAAAUGGUUAAAAAAUAAUAAUCCAUAUAAUUAUGUGGAUGUACUGACACCAUUCUGACUUCACUUUAUCUUUACAAGUGUAAUUUUUUAAAUGUAGUCUUCCACCUAAUUCAAGUUUCUCUGUUUCUGUUAGGGAGUCCUUUGAUCUUAUUUAUCCUGGGACGUACCUAUAGCUCGUUAGCUUUAUUUCAUUUUCAAGGCCUUCACAGGUCACAGUGCAAUUGAAAGCUUUAAGGAACCAUGUUGAGGUCGUGGAAGAUACUCACACUGCAGAUCCAAUGGUUUCUGUGGGUUAAUUAUUGAGUGAAUGUAAUGAAACUUGCAAUGUAUUAUGAGGUCGUUUUGAAACACAGCAACAAGACAGUAUAGCUUAUCACUUAUAAAUCAAUUGCCAUCUGUAUUGCUUAACUUUGUUAUGUUUUUUUAAUUUAAUUGCCAGUUACUUACCGAUAUCAAACACUCCCUCUUCUUAAAAUAUCUAAGCAAAGCUGGAGGCAUUGGUGAUCUGAAAACACAGAGGAACCUGGCUUGUAAUGGAGUGAUAUUUAUUCCUGUGUUAUUAGCUAGCAAUAUUUAAGGCAGAAUUUGCUUCUUCUUUACAGCAGUCACAAUAUUGAAAGACUGUUUUAAAUUUAAUUUUUGGGUAAAGAUGAGGUCAGCUAGUAUUGAGGAGAAGGUCAUUUGAAAAGCAAGGAACUGUGAGCAAUUAAAACGAACCCAUUUGUCUGCUUUAUUCAUAAUAAUAACAGUUCUUUAGUGCAGUAAUGAUUUGCUGAGUGUUUCCCCAGUUCUAGUCUUAAGGACCCUUUCAUCUCCCAGGUGAUCGCUUUAUCUGAAAAUUAUUUAGGAAAGAAUCAACUUUACACUGAAUAAUUCACACAAAUGAUUUAGAUCCCAGAAUAUGUUAUUACUGGAAAGCAAAGCAGGAAUGCAUUCACAAUAAAGAUCAGAAGCUUGUUGGAUGAAAAAUCUUACCCAUUGGUAUGUUUCAACAAUUAGAAGGCAAAUAAAACAUUAGCCUGACUUGUGCUGUUGCUGGAAAUGAAUUAGUAAUAUAUCACUAUAUUGAUUUAUUUUAUCAUUCAGUUGUUAAAAAACAAAUUAUCUUUUAAUGUCUUGGGCUUGUAACAGAUGUACAAUGUUUAAUAAGAAACAGCAACAGAUACCUCAGUUCCAAAAAGAAAACAUAGAAGCACGUCAAAAAGGUUGAAAACUGUAAGACUAAAAAACGUCACUACACAUUUUAUUUUGCUUACGAGAUGAAUGUUAUUGAAACUAAGGCUGACAGUCAACCAGGAUGAAUUUGUUCCCUUUUAAAAAAAAACUUUAAAAUGGUUCCUUACUUUACAGUAAAUGAAAAACAUAAAAUAAAAAAAUUGGGUUAAGUGAACAUACUUUUUAAGUUCUAUACUGAACUUUUCUUUUUAUGAUGUAGUUCAGUCUGACUAAAAAUGCAAAUCCCGACAAAACACAGCUGGUAUUAUUCAGUUUCUAAAAAGCAGAGGUUAUCGGUUGGAUAAGAAAUCACCUCUGCCAGCCUUUUUAUUUAAUAUCAGGCAUUUUAUCAUCUAAGAAAAAUGAAAGAUGUAUGGAAUGCAGACAGGAGCCACCUGCAAAUCCGGUUUGUGGCCAACACACUCAAAGGGGACGCAUUUGAUCUUUUGUACAAAAUAAAUUUUUUAAAAAUUAUGAAAGACGCUGCAGUGCAACUGGCAUUACAUGAUGUGAAAGUUCAAAUAAAAGUGUGGCCUUACCAUAAGAGAAAGCUCAAAGUCAGCUAGUACCAGUCGGUCAUUUUAAUCGAAGCAUGUCCUGUGUCAUUUCAUGUUCUUUUUUCCAAGAGUAUAUCCUGUUAAACUGUGAAACAUAGGCUUGUUUUUAUUGACUUUACUGCCAUUUAGGACUCGGGAAACUGUCGGGUGAUUUGUAUUUUGUUUUGCUUGGAUUUCUUGUUGUUUUUUUUUUGUUUUAAUACAUCAGUAUUAAAUAGCACAAGUUUAUCAUCUACCCCAUAAUCCUACUUUGGCUUUUAUUACCUGUUUUUUGCACAUUGUGUUUCCUUUUACUUCUUUUUAUACAAUUGUGUGUUGUUUGUAUUUUACAGACUUGGGAGGAAUCGCCACUUAUUUUUCUUCCUGAGGACAUCUCGUUCUUUUCCAUCUUUAAUUUAUUAAUUCGAUUACUUCAUACACGGGAACAGGCAUUUCAAAAUACACUUAUUAUUACACAAGCGGUGCAUCUACAGUUAAGACCCUUUAUUGUGCCAUGGAAUCCUAUUAAGUGAUAAACUUUGACCAGUGCUUUUUUUCUGUGCUUUUAAAUUGAGAUUUGUCAGGUUCAUAUUAUUUCACAAUUAUGAAUAAACUACCACCUAAAAAGUA